AUGCAGUCAAAAUUUGGGGCCAAUAGAAUAGCCAUUACUGAGUUCAUCCUGUUGGGCUUGGUGGAGACACCAGAGCUGUGGCCAGUUGUCUUCGUAGUCUUCCUCUUUGCCUACCUGGUCAUAGUUGGAGGCAACCUCAGCAUCCUGGCUGCCGUCUUGGUGGAGCCCAAACUCCACACCCCCAUGUACUUCUUCCUGGGGAACCUAUCAGUGCUGGAUGUUGGGUGCAUCACCGUCACUGUUCCCUCGAUGUUGGCUCGUCUCCUGUCCCACAAGCGUACAAUUCCCUAUGGAGCCUGCUUCACACAACUUUUCUUCUUCCAUCUCUUGGUUGGGGUAGACUGCUUCCUGCUGACAGCCAUGGCCUAUGACCGAUUCCUGGCCAUCUGCCAGCCCCUUACCUACAACACCCAAAUGAGCCAGACAGUCCAGAGGAUAUUGGUGGCUGUGUCCUGGGCUUUAGCCUUCACCAAUGCACUGAGUCACACAGUAGCCAUAGCCACACUCAACUUCUGUGGUCCCAAUGUGAUCAAUCACUUCUAUUGUGACCUCCCACAGCUCUUCCAGCUCUCCUGCUCCAGCGCCCAGCUCAACGAGCUGCUGCUCUUUGCUGUGGGUUUCAUAAUGGCAGGUACCCCCUUGGCUCUCAUCAUCACCUCCUAUGCCCAUGUGGCAGCUGCAGUUCUACGAAUCCGCUCUGCUGAGGGCAGGAAGAAAGCCUUCUCCACAUGUGGCUCUCACCUCACCAUGGUGGGCAUAUUCUAUGGUUCAGGUAUAUUUAAUUACAUGCGACUUGGUUCAGCCAAACUUUCAGACAAGGAUAAAGGGGUUGGGGUCUUCAACACUGUUAUCAACCCCAUGCUGAAUCCAAUCAUCUACAGCCUCAGGAACCCUGAUGUACAGGAUGCCCUCUGGCGGGUGCUCAAGGGGAAGGUCUUGAGGUCUGGAAUGUCACCCACUCCUUUUCUCUUUCUGAACUAA